UAAUAAAUAGGAAGUAGAAGGCCCGUAGUAGAAAUGGCAGAAGUAACGCAGCUUCUUGACCAAGAAAUUCCAGAAGGUCGCCAACAUCUACAAGAAAGUUAUAUCAAUCUCGAUAAAGUUGCACAGUAUUGUCGGGACAAUUAUUUAAAGUCACCAGACAAGAAAGCAGCAUUAGAAGAAACAAAGAAUUACACAACACAUUCUCUAGCCAGUGUUGCCUACCAGAUCAAUAGUUUAGCUACAAACUUUCUUAAGUUAUUAGAUCUGCAGCAAAAUGUUGUCUCUGAGAUGGAGUCCAGUGUGAACUACUUAUCACAGACAGUAAAUAUACACAAAGAAAAAGUUGCCAGGAGAGAAAUUGGUGUUCUGACUACUAACAAAUCAUCUACGAGGCCCUUGGGUGUGAAAAAUGGAAUAAUUUUUCCUGAACAAGCAGAGAAACCAACAAAAUAUCAACGGAAAGCAAUCGACUUUUCAGUGUAUGAUGAAAUAGGUCAUGGGGUCAAGACUGGAGGUGUACCUAGACAGCAGCCAAGUCGUACUCCAUCAGUAAGUAGUACACAUCAGCAUCAUGCUCCUCCUCCUCCUUCAGCACGGCCACCAACUCCACCCCAGACAGCUGCUCCGUCUGUGAAGGGUCAGGCUCAGGGUCAUUACAGGACACCUGCACCACCUGUGGCGCCACCUUCCAUACCAAUGGCUGGUGGUCCUGGACCAUUUAACAGUGUUGUUGCUAGCAAUUAUUCCAUGGGACAGAUAACAGCCUUACCUGGACAGCAUACACAACACCAAGAAGGUCAGAGAAGAGCAAGUGCAACAAGAUAUAGCCAACAGGGACAACCUCCUGUAGGAAUGGCACAUCCUCAGACCAGACCCUCUCAAGUUAUAUCACAAACUUCUAUAGGAUCCAGGCGAAGAAAUGCAAGAGAUGCUUUACCACCACCGCCGUCUCCGGGGAUACCUGGUAACACCAGGACCAGCGAUAUACUGGAAGCUUCUCCGCCAUUGCCACCCCCUCCAUCAACAGACCCAAAUUUUGACUACCCAGCAGCGCCACCUCCACCCCCACAAUUUACAGAUGUUGAUGAUAACCCACCAGAGGACCCAUAUGCACCAACUGGACCUCUUAAUUUGCUGACACAAGAUUGGGUACCUAACCAGUAUCUGGAGAAAGUUAUUGCUAUUUAUGACUACGAUGCUGACAAACCAGAUGAACUUUCCUUCAGUGAGAACUCAGUCGUCUAUGUUUUAAAGAAGAAUGAUGAUGGAUGGUACGAGGGUGUAUGUAAUGGCGUUACAGGACUUUUCCCAGGAAACUAUGUUGAACCUUGCAUGUGAAAAGUGUCUGUGAAAAAUAAUUAGAUUUUUUAACCAAAAGGAGAUCACUAAAAAGUGCUUACAAGACACAAUAUACAUGGAUUUAAAAAUACUUUGUUGGAAAUUUCAUUGUUUUACUGAACUAAAAGAGUAUUUGUUUUAUAAUAAAUAUAGCCUUUUUGUGUGAUUUAAAAUCAUGUCAUAUUUCACAUUUUGUAAAAGCAUUAUUUUUAUAUAUCAAGUAUUCCAAAUUGUUGUGGUAAAGAUUGCACCUUGUGCAAUCAAAACCCCAUGUCACUGGCUUGAUAGCUUUAUUUAGCUAAAUUUCAGGCCUCGUCUCUACUUUUGAGAGUACACACAACAUAGUGCAGUGUGAUAAAACAUUCUUUAGAUCUUAUCCAUGCCAAUGUCAACCAAUUUAUUUAUAAUCUUAGAUAUUCAAGUUACAAAAUGAUGUGUACAGUAUGUAUGUAUUUAACAUUAGUUGUCAAGAAAAUUUUUCUAUUAAAUAUUACUUAAGUUGCAGAAAGUAGUGCAUGGAGUAUGAAGAUAAGUCUAACUCAAAUACUGCCUAAAUAUGUUCCAUUGCUUAGUACAAUGCAAAUUUUUAAUUUUAAGUUCAUAAUGCAACAAAGAGACAAUUUUUUCCAGAAGCCACUUUAACUGACUUUCAUAUACUUUUGAUUCCUAUAGUUUCAUGGGUACCAAUUUUAAUGGAUUGAAAAAUUUGUUUCCUGUGGAAACUUGAUUUUGUGUUUUAAAAAAAAUCAGCACACAGGCUUGUAGGAAACUUGUAUUAUGUUAAUUGAUAACUUUUAUGAUCAUAUAUUACUAAACUUAGAAUCUCAGUAGUAUAAAUUUUCAUGUCAUGUUGAAACACCUUUUCUAUUAUGACAUCACCAAUAAAAUAUUGAGCCUUUUUUAUACGACCGCAAACAAAUUUUGUGGUCGUAUAUUGGUAUGAUGUUGGUGUCGUCGUCCGAAGACACAUUGGUUUUCGCACUCUAACUUUAGUUUAAAAGAAUGGAUCUCUAUGAAAUUUUACCAUAAGGUUCAAUACCACAAAAGGAAGGUUGGGAUUGAUUUUGGGAGUUAUGUUACCAACAGUUAAGGAAUAAGGGGCCAAAAAUAAGUAUUUUUGUAACUUCCAGACAUAACUUGUGUGUUAGUGUAUGGAUCUCUCUGACAUUGUACCACAAGGUUCCAUAUCACAAAGGGAAUGUUUGGAUUGAUUUUGGGGGUAAUUGCCUCAAAAUUUUAGGAAUUAGGGGCUAAAAAAGGGGCAAAAAACAAGCAUUUUUCUAGUUUCAUGACAAUAACUUGUGUGUAAGUCUAUGGAUCUUUCUGAAAUUGUACUAAAAGGUUCCAUAUCACAGAGGGAAAGCUGGAAUUGAGUUUGGGGGUAAUUGCCCAAAACAUUUAGGAAUUAGGGGCCAAAAAGGGGCCAAAAAAUAAGCAUUUUUCUAGUUUCCAGACAAUAACUUGUGUUCAAGUGUAUGGAUCUCUCUGAAAUUGUACUGCAAGGUUCCAUAUCACAAAGGGAAUGUUUGGAUUGAUUUUGGGGGUAAUUGCCUCAAAAUUUUAGGAAUUAGGGGCAAAAAACAAGCAUUUUUCUAGUUUCAUGACAAUAACUUGUGUGUAAGUCUAUGGAUCUUUCUGAAAUUGUACUACAAGGUUCCAUAUCACAAAGGGAAAGCUGGAAUUGAGUUUGGGGGUAAUUGCCCAAAACGUUUAGGAAUAAGGGGCCAAAAAUAAGCAUUUUUCUAGUUUCCAGACAAUAACUUGUGUUCCAAGUGUAUGGAUCUCUCUGAAAUUAUACUGCAAGGUACCAUACCACAAAGGGAAGGCUGGGAUUGAUUUUGGGGGUAAUUGCCUCAAAAAUUUUAGGAAUUAGGGGCCAAAAAGGGGAAAAAACAAGCAUUUUUCUAGUUUCCAGACAAUAACUUGUGUUCAAGUGUAUGGAUCUCUCUGAAAUUGUACUGCAAGGUACCAUACCACAAAGGGAAGGCUGUGAUUGAGUUUGGGGGUGAUGAAUCAUAAGGGGGUUCAAAAAAUUUGGGGGGGGGGAUUUUUUUUUCCUUUUUUUUUUUUUUUUUAAAUUUUCCAUUUUAAAUUGGUUAUUUCUGAUUUAUAUAUAAAAGCAAAUAAUAAUGAUAUGGUUUGAAUAAGUAAAUUAAAAAAUUUUAAGUUCUUAGACCACAUUCAUUCUGUGUCAGAAACCUAUGCUGUGUCAAAUAUUUAAUCACAAUCCAAAUUCAGUGCUGUAUCAAGCUUGAAUGUUGUGUCCAUACUUGCCCCAACUGUUCAGGGUUCGACCUCUGCGGUAGUAUCAAGCUGUGCCCAGCGAAGCAUUUUAUUGUAGAAUACCGAAAUGUAUGUAUUUCAUGUUUGUUUCACAAAGUACUUCCUAUUGUCAUAGUCUUGACUUUACCAAGAUCAUAAAUAUAGGUUCAUCUACCAAUUUGAACUAAUUAUCAACCCAUUAGAAAUAGUAUUGCAUCAUGGGAAGGUUCUGGAUUUGCUUAUAUGCAUGCUUAUAUAUAAUCAUCAGGAUGCUGAGAUUAGAAUGUAAUAUAUAUAGAUUUCCCUUGCAUCUCACAGUAAAACUUAAAUCUUAUAUCCUUUCCCCCCUGUAACUUCCAGGCUUGAAAUAUUAGUUCAACUGCCAAAUAAAUAGAAUAAAAACAAUAUGUUUGAAUUAAUUUUUAUUAAUUUUCUAGAUCUACAUAAUUAUGAAGUACAUGAUAUAAAUAUUAAUUAUACUGUAUUAUUAUAUUACCAUUUAGUGCAAUACCAAUCAAUAAAAAUUAUUUGUAAA